GCCUCUGCAGGCGGGGACAGAGCGUUAGAGGUGACUGUGUUCAGUGGAGAGUACGUUUGGACCAGCGGAGAAGUGGGCAACAACGCAGCAGCACGUCCAUUUAAAUUCUCCAACACUUCUGAACAAGGAGGAUGAUGAGAACAACGGAUCUUCUCUUCAUCACCAUCAGCCAUAAUGUGUCCUUCAUCGGCAAAACCUGGUGGGUGCUGAUGCUGGUUCUACGUGCUCUCUCCGUCCUGCUGGCCGGUUUCACUCUCUUCAGCGACGAGCAGGAGAGAUUCAUCUGUAACACCAUCCAACCAGGCUGCUCCAAUGUGUGUUUUGAUGCAUUUUCUCCCAUGUCCGUCCUCCGUCUCUGGUUCUUCCACCUCAUUCUUCUCUGUCUGCCAAAUGUGCUGUUUGCAACCCACGUCGUGCACAGACUGUUGUCACAUCCUCACUCUGGAGCCUCCUGCAGCGACAGGACUCCUCUUCAUGACCUCCCUCGUGAAUGGGGAGCGCCACGUUUCUACUGCGCUUACUUCUUCGCUGUUAUUCUGCGAAUCCUUCUCGAGGUGGUAUUCGGAGCGGUCCAGUUUUUUCUCUUUGGAUUGUCGGUUCCAAAGAGCUUCCUCUGUUACGAGGCUCCCUGCACAUCCGGGGUCGAAUGCUACAUCUCCAGACCCACAGAAAAGACCUUGAUGCUGAACUUCAUGCUGGGUGUUUCCUCCCUGUCCGUUCUGCUCAGUUUGGUCGACCUGGUGAGCUCCAUGAAGGCAAUGGUGCGAUGGAGGAGGACGAAGAAGAUGCUGAUGGAGGAGAUGAGUAAAGGAGAGCAAAGCAGCAUGUUCACAACGACAACCAUGGCUGAAGACAACGACGUUCUUCCAACCAGAAGAAUCAGCCCGAGUGGACGCUCAACGGAGGCCGACAAGGAUGAAAAUCAGGCCGCUGGUGUUGUGUCAAAUGGUGAACUCCUCUCAACAAUAACGAAUGGCGGGCCGACCCGUAAAACUAGUGUAUCGACCAAUGAGAAGAGCCCAGAUGACAAAGACACUAAGGCGGACAUGCCUCGUUCACCUACUCCUAUGAGCAAUCCUGUGCCAAGUCCCUUUGUCCUCCACACCCACCUGAGACCUCCGCUUUCCCCCCGCCCAGACAGGGGGCCGCUGAGCCCCAGGGUGCCACCGAUGGGUGUCAAACAGCUGCAGUGCCAGAGCAGCCCGGCCGAAAUGAACUCAAGCCAACAGUCUGACAGCAGCGAGUCCCAGGACAAGAGGGCGUGGGUGUGACUGGCCCAGGAAAUGAGCUUUAACUAUUAUCUGAAGCACAAUUAAGAUUUUUGACCUGUAAAGGAAGAAUCGUUAGAAAUUGUAGCUGCACUGAUUAAUAUUUUUUAUAUAUAUAUGAGUAUGGCGUGAAAGGUUUUGCCGAUGCCGACAUCGACCCACAAAGCUUUAUACUCUUUAGCUAAUUUUGUCUGGCUGCUAUCAAUUAAAUCAAUUAACAUACUUUUACAAUCAGCUUCUAAUGUGAACGUGUUCAUCUCUCACACUUUCACCAAAACUGAUUUAUGAUUAACGUGAAUAAAUACGUCUCUCACUCCUUCUUCUCCGGCUUUGCUCUUUGUUACGAUGUAAAAAAUUGGAGAGAGGUGUCAAGGGUUCGUUCAAACA